AAGUCAUUAUAACUACUUGUCGUAUCCGCUAACAGGGAAAAUUAAAUGUGUUAUUAAGAGUUAUUAAACACUUCGUCAGCCCUUUUGUCAAAAUAAAAUAUUUGGUGAGGCCUAACUAUUUCCCCGCGCGUGAGCCGAAUAAGAGUUAACAACAGCCUUUUGAGACACGUGGCCGCGGUACAUCCAAACUGAAAGCGACGACGUUUCCAGACUGUACGAUUAUGAAUCACUUCAAAACCACCACAUUUUGUUCUAUUCUUCCUCUACUCACACACACUUUGACAAAAGCUUAUUUUAUCCAAAAAAGAAAAUUGGCAAAAAGAACAAGCGCGUAAGCGUAACCCACCAUCGACGAGACAACACACAGCGACCAAUACCGAGUCGAGUGAUAAUACACCCUUUAUCUUUAUUUCUGGAUUCUCGUUUAUCGUUUUAUAGCUUACCAAUACACCCUAAUUCCCCCCAAUAAAAUUAGUUACUUUAGUCUUGAGUACGAGGCUUCAAUACUCCAUUGAAUUCAAAUCAAAGGUUUCUUUAACUUCCUGUGUUUCUUGGUUAUUCUUCAGAAAUAUUUGGCAAAACAACCAUGCAUUACUUGGCUUUGAACCUUAGUGGAACCAUUGGAGAAAAGUUAUUCACUGAGUCCUUUAGGUGACAAUUUUGAUCUUGAUUUGAGAGUAUUGUAGCUUGGUGAGAAGAUGUCAUUGGUUGAUAAUGGAACUCGCAAAGAGGAAAUUGAGCUAAGUGGAGGUAAUAAAGACAAGGGUCAAGCUCCUCUUGACAUUUCAGCGUCUCGAAGGACACUGCUUAGUGGUGAUAAACCUCAAAAAAAGCUCAACAAUACGUCCACUGCUAUUCCUCAAAAGAGAAAUUUCCUUAAAUUUGGUUCAGCAUCUGCUAAAUUCAGGCGGAUGGCGAACGAGAAAGAUGAGAUUUCCAGGUCAGUAAAUUCUUCAAGUAGUCAUGAUUUUAAAGAACGUAUAAGUGGAGUAUUUUCUCGGAAAAUUGAUUGGGUUUCGGUUAAGAAAAUGUGCAAAGAAUGGUUUAAAGAUCCAAUGAACAUGGCUUUGUUCUUAUGGAUCUUCAUUGUUGCUGUUUCGGGUGCAAUUUUGUUCCUUGUUAUGACUGGAAUGUUAAACAAGGUGAUAACUAAAAAGUCUCAGAGAGAUGUAUGGUUUGAAGUCAAUAACCAAAUUCUAAAUGCUCUGUUUACACUUAUGUGUUUGUACCAACAUCCGAAAAGAAUUUACCACCUUGUUCUGCUAUCUAGAUGGAAACCAAAAGACAUUACCAAGCUUAGAAAACUUUACUGUAAGAAUGGGACUUAUAAGCCUCAUGAAUGGGCUCACAUGAUGGUUGUUGUUCUGUUACUCCAUUUGAAUUGUUUUGCUCAAUAUGCUCUUUGUAGUCUGAACUGGGGUUACAAAAGAUCUGAACGACCACCCUUAGGAGUUGGAGUAUGUAUUUCUGUUGCAAUUGCUGCUCCUGCCAUUGCUGGUUUAUACUUAAUUGUUAGCCCACUUGGUAAAGAUUAUGAUUCCGGAAUGGAUGAGGAAGCACAGGUACAGAGUAGUGCUGCUGAAAGGCCGGAAAAGUUGAGGUUGAAAUCAUUUGAGAGGAGAUUUUCAUUUGCACCAGUUGAAGACGAACAGAAUGUUGAGAGCAAACUGAAUUGGAGUGGGGGAAUACUUGAUUUUUGGAAUGAUAUAUCUGUAGCUUAUCUCUCUCUCUUCUGUACUUGCUGUGUUUUUGGAUGGAAUAUGGAGAGACUUGGAUUUGGAAACAUGUAUGUUCAUAUUGCAACAUUCCUUCUGUUUUGCAUUGCUCCAUUCUUUAUUUUCAACUUGGCUGCUGUUAAUAUUGACAAUGAGGCUGUUAGGGAGGUCCUUGGGGUUACCGGGUUAGUUCUAUGUGUAUUUGGUUUGCUCUAUGGUGGCUUUUGGAGGAUCCAAAUGAGGAAGAGAUUCAAUCUGCCUAGUUAUGACUUCUGUUUUGGUCAUUCGGCAUUAGGCGACUGCACAUUGUGGCUUUGCUGUUGUUGGUGUACUCUAGCUCAGGAAGUUCGGACUGGGAAUUCUUAUGACAUUGUGGAAGACAAGUUAUGCAUAAAACACACAGAUAAUGAUAGCGAGCCACCGAUUUCACCUUUGCCCCGCGAAGAUGGAGUGGUUGAGUUCAGAUCUGCCAACAGUUCUCCACUAGGAAACAGUUCUAGCCCAACCAAGAUUAAUUUAGCUGUUUCUUCAACUUCCAACAUAGUUUCAAAGACUUAUUAUAGUCCAGAGAGGCCAGUGUCUGUACUGAAUGAAGAAUUCUGUGAAAAAAGUAACGAUGAAACUAUGAUACCACCUGAUCCACCAUUAAUUCAAAGGGAAGCCACAUAGUCUAAGGGGGAAAAGAAAGAUCUCUGUAGCAUUAUUUUAGUAUCAUGUAUGUUCUUAUAUUUUUUUCUCCUAAAAAUUGUUGCAUCAUGUAUGUGAAACCUGUGUGUUUCGAGUGUAAUCGGAUACUUACAUUUUCUUUCUUUCUGAAAAUUUUACUCCCAUACGCACUUUAAGGCAA